AUGUUUACUUCAUCUGACCCGAAUUUACCUGAUUUGGAUUUUGAACUUGUUGAUGAAAGACAACAAAAUAUGUAUUUAAAUGAAUCAAUGAUCAAGGAUAUUUUAUCGUCACCAACAUCAACAUACAGAAUUGUUAAACCAACAAACACAAAUAAACGUAAUAUAUCAAAUCAACUACGCAGACAAUUAACUGAUGAAAGUCCACAUAAACAACGAACACCACCAAAUUCAACUGGUACAAGUUUAUCACCACAUUCAUCAUCAUUUUUAACUCGAGAUACAAAUCCAAUACGAAUAACGAAUGCACCAAAUCAAAUGCGAAUGUCAUCACCAGCAACUGCAAAACAAUUAGAUUCAGUUACUUUAUUACUUAAACAAACACUUGCACCGGCAUCAAUGAUUCAAACUGUUCAAACACGUCUUGAAAAUCCAACAAAAUAUCAUUUAGAACAAAUAAGUCGAAAACAGACUUUAGUUGCUGAUGACCCUCCUUCAGUAAAUCCAUCGAUUUUACCACAAGAUGAAUCUUCUCCAGACAGUGAAAUAACUUCUGAAAUGGAUGAUCAAUUGAAUGAUGAUGCAACAUGUGGUAGUGUUGAUAGUAAUACUCGUGGAAUCAGUAUAACACCUCGAUUAUCAACAACAUUAACUGGUGAGCAUGCUGGUUCAGUAUUUUUAUCAUCAUCAUUAUCAAAAGAUGGCCUUGAUAGUAGCAGUCGACAUUCAUCAUCAUGUCCAACUAAUAUACUUAGUGCUAAAGCAAAAAUUGGUUUACCAUUAACAGAAGAUGAAAUGCGGCUUGUGUUACGUGAUCGUCAAAAGAAAGAUAAUCAUAAUAUGAUUGAACGUCGUCGUCGAUUUAAUAUAAAUGAUCGUAUCAAAGAACUUGGUACUUUAUUACCAAAAGGCGCUGAAUUGGAUGCAAAACAAAAUAAAGGUACAAUAUUACGUGCAUCAGUUGAUUAUAUUAAAAUUUUACGUCGUCAAUAUGAUAACGCAUCAUUUAUCGAUGAAAAAUGUCAAAGACUUACAGAACAAAAUUUGUCAUUACAAGAACGAAUCAGAGAAUUAGAAAGAAAAUGUGUAUCAAAUGGUAUUCCAAUAAAUUCGUCUUCAUUAUUAACAUCAAUAAAAAGUUCGCCAGCUAUUGCAGUUGUUAAUUCAAAUAUUGUUAAACAAGAACCAUCAUCAUUAUCAUCAUCAUUAAAUAAUAAUACUUCAUUAGUACCACCACCAACACCAAUAUUUUCAGCAUUUGAUUCACUUCCACCACUUGAUUCACUUUCAGUAUUUGGUUUUGCUGAUGAAGAUAGUAAUGAUACAAAUAGUGCAGUUGGAAAUACAUCAACUGAUCCACUUUCACCACUUACGCACGAUCCAUUUUUAUCUUCCGCUUCAUUUGGUUUCGACAAUGAAAUGGAUAUUGGAGGUUUUACUUAA